CUCAGCCCCUGACACCAGAGCCCCUAGACUAGCGUUACACACACACACAAACAUAUAUAUAUAUAUAUCUGUGUGUAUUCGAUGCGUUCUACGGCUUUAUAAAAUCGAGAUAGUAACAAUUUAAUUUUAGCUUAUCCUGUUAGUACAAAAAUAUCUGCACGUGACUGGCACAGCCCCUCGUAAGACGUCUCAUUAGGCCCAGCGUUCUGUUUAUGGGAACUUUCACUGUUUUUAAUACCGUUUCUGUGUGUGUUGGUGGCAUCGGCAGGAUUUCAUGGUUCAACGCGGCAGUGAGAUCCCACUUGGGUCGGUGGUCUCGGAGAUAUUUUCAUCGACAGCUUGAUUGGUAUUUUGAACCUGUGCUGUGUCAGGAAGGGAGUUUACGUACACAACAAACAGCUUGUCUUGUGUGGGUUACAGAUGCUGGAAGUGUCACAAUGAGAGAGCACAUCGAGAUCUGACUGUUAACACACCUCGGCGAUACUACGGCCGAAAGCCCAGCUGUUCUCCCGUGUUUUCAUCUUAUCCCGGCUUCUAAUCCGAUAUCUACUUAAAGGACUCUAAGGACAGUUGAGUUCGUACUGAUUCUUCAUCAUGGUCCCUGUGCACGUCGGCGUCUGGAUUCACGUCACUCUUGUGCUUUCUGUCCUUGGAACAAAGGUCAUGACACAAGAUUCAUCCCAAACCAUAGCGCCCUCUAGCGAGUAUACAAUGUCCCUAUCUUCACGAACUUCCUCUACAGCCAUAGCCAUAGGGAUGAGCACACCAACUCUAACGUCCCGUAGUACUAGUGCACUGGUCACUAGUCUCCCAGUGGUCACUAACUCAAUAUUGGUAGGCCAUGGAACGGUCAGUUCUUCAGUUCACACAAUUCAGCCGACAGCUACACUAUCGGAUAUAGGUACUGUAAAAGUAGCUUCCAUAUCCGGAAUUACUAGUGCUGUCUCCACUGGACAUCUUGUCCUGACGUCAUCAAUGUCUUACGGAGGAGUGGCCACAUCGGUGCCCUCGGUGAGUGUGCAAGCGACUCUUGGCACCACAGCAAGUGUCACCAUCGCAGGUAGUAGCCAAGUAUUAUCUUCAUUAUCGGCGUCUCCUGUCAGUGUGAGUCACGUUCCCAGUGUAGGCUCGAUGGUCCGUGCCUCAUCUCUCACGAGUCAGAAUGUACCAAAUACACAAGUUACAACUCUUUUAGAUCGUCACUCUACCGCGUUAUUUACCAGCCCACUCCCGGCGUCUACAAGAAUUGUGUAUGAAACACUGUCCAGCUUUCCAUUAUUUACGUCAGGCAGCUUCCAGGCCUCAACUGUAAGAUCCGAAUUGGCGUCGUCGUCGCUGCCCCCAUCGUUGUCGUCAUUGGUGAUGCCCUCAUUGGUUUCAUCUGUUUCCCCGUCUUCAUCGUUGCCCCCAUCGACGUCUGCUGUCAUAGUUUCGGGAGAUAUCUCAUCUCUUAGAAAUGUUACAGUGGUAAAAACAAUUCCAGAGUCAGUUACACCUACACAAGCUACGAGUGUCACCUCUUCUGUCCCUUUUAGUUCCAGAACAUUUGAUAACAUGAGCAUUUCGCCUACAAUUCUAGCUCAAGUUCAGUCUUCAGUCAGCCAUAUGACAUCGGUCGUAUCUUCUUUACUGCCUUCAUCAUCCUCACAUGAAGCUUUUAAUAUUCAUACUACAAGGACAAUUCCGGAGACCGUAUUGACGCCAUCAAAUCACGUGAUAACAAUGCAGACCAAAUCUGAGGUUCUCUCUACGCCCAUAAUACCUUCUUUGGAUUCAUAUCAGUCUCAUUUGAUGCAGUCUGUUCGUUCUGAACAAGCUAUGUCUUCCUCUGUCGGCCAAAUGACACACGCGACCUCACUACAAGAGACAGUAAUACCUACAGCCACAAGUGAUCAGUCCGUUAUAAUGACGUCAACAACAAUUUAUGAAAUAGUGGUGGCCCCCAGCUCGUCAGUACAAAGACCCUCCACAAGUGUGCUUCCGGAACCAUUCAGUACCCUUGAACCAUCUGCUUCAAGUUCCCAUGUGGAACUAUCAACGCCUGUAGUAGCAACACCCAGGAGUUCACUUCCGGAUCACUCAACAGCUCAAUCCCCCGAACACUCCAUUACUCUUCCUACUUUGAUAGCAAGGAAUAUAAGUUUUGAAAUAGAGUUCAAAGGUGUGUGCAAUCCUUUAGUACAGAGGAAAAUAGUUCUGGAAAUCUUCUGGGAAGAACUUGUUGUUACCAUUGCUAAUACCUUACAUAUCGAUAAAACUGUCAUCAAGCCAAAAGACAUCGCUUGUCGCCCUAUACGUAUAUCAUUUGUUAUAAUGGAAACAAUGCUUGCAAACGUUACACAGACCCUGAAGACUUUAGUCGCUAGUGGAGCUUUCAAAUUUAAAAUCCCAGUUCUAGUUGGAGGUUCGGAAUCCAAAUAUCAAUACGAGGCCGUGUCAGUGAAACAGGUGCCGUUGAAUUAUGACAUUGCUGGUACACCAGACUUGUACGAAAUCGGUCUAAACAAGGUGGAUAUCAUCGUAAUUAUCGUUGCUUGUUGUGUUUCAUUCAUCCUUAUUUGUAUAGGCUGUUGUAUAUGUCUUCGAGAGUAUUAUAUUCGUAAGCGUUCACGUUCGUUUGACCUUUCAGACAUCGUUAAUUUCAAUCUUAAAUUAGAAGAUUAUACUUUAACGAAAAUUCCGAGGAAUAAACCCUUCUAUUCAGAUAAUGCCGUGAAGAUGCAAUCGUUCACACGAAAAAAUGGCCAACAGACAAAAUCACUCCUGGAACAGGAAGAAAACUGUAAUUGUGACGAUGUGAACGUCAUGAAAGAGGUCAAAGUUCGUAUGAACUCUCACAGUGACGGGAUUGUGAUUGGUGUGACCGCCACGAGUAUACCAGAUGUGGUUACCAAUCACCAAACGCCACAUGACGAUCAAACGGACCAAUCAAAAGAGAUAUUAUUUGAAAAUGAAUCGAGCCCGACGCAUUGCAUGGACAAUCCGAUCUAUUUUGCCGAUGAUGAUAGAUUCACAGCUGUGUAGAAAAAAAUGAACCUGGUUUCACUGUAAGAAUACAUUAUCCUAUAUUUAUCGCAUAAUUCCAGUAUUACAUUCAAACCACAUUAUACCCCCAAGCAAUAUUGUGUACCGGGAAUGUUUUGUCACAGUUGAACGUUUUCGCUCCUAAGCUGUGAAGGCAGUGACAAUGACAAUUGUUUUAUUCUCAUAAACAAUACAUUGUAGAGAAUACAUGUAUAUUAAAAUGCAGGUGAGAAUUUAUCAUAACAGCCAGCGGAUGUGAGAAUACAACUUAAGGAUCCCCGUACCACUGCCAAAAACUAUAACUAAGUUUUGGUGGAAACAGUUUUUUUCCGGCAUGA